AUGGCGGACUUAGGGGGCCAGCGUAACCCGAAUUACCGGCCUCACGGGCCUGCUUCGUCAACACAGCGAGAUGCUGCAUAUUCUGACAUCUUCGGAGGCGCACCUCCUCCGGGCCGCUCUCAGACGAUGAACUCGCAGACACCGCAGUUCAAUCAGGGUCGCGCUCAUACCAUAGACCGCCGCCGCCGCCGACGCGGCAAGUGCCAAAUGGAUACGGAGCGCCAUCAGCACCAGCAAACGGAUAUCCUCCCCCUCCGCCAUCAGGACAAUACCAAGCGUACAACCCAGGGUCCGCCGCCACAAUGUCCUCCCAUCAACCUCCCCGGCCAUACCCGGGUGCUCAACGCUUCGCUGCCUAUCCGCGACCCCAGCGCCUUGAUUCGAGACCAAGCCCUUCCACGCAAUAUCCAGACGCCAGAGACUUUAAUCGUCCGAUGCCUCCCCUCUGCGCUAAAUUCCGACGCUACCCGAUCAAGAUCAAUGGCUAAAUUGAGCGGGCCACCAUACCAAACCCCGCCGAGCAACUUCAACCACACAUCCGCUAUCGCCUCUCGCCGCGAGCAGUAUCAUGCUGGAUCCCCAAUGACUCAACUCGGGCGUCCUGUGCCGGAAAAACAUACCAAUGAACGAGCCAUGUCUAUGACUUCGUGGUCAUCUGACCGAGAUGCACACAUCAUGAACAGCGGGCGGUCCAUCCCCAAUCGCAGACCUCCAUCGGGUCAUGAUCAACAGCCAUCACCGAGUCUGGACUCUUCGGCGCGUACUAGUCCAGAUAGCACUUUUACUUCUCGCCAGGUGAGCGAUGGGUCAACGAGAUCUCGCACAAUGUCAAUUGCAUCGACUGCGACUGCAACUCCUAUGUCUGAUCGGACCUUGAGUGUUCAGAGUCAAUUCCCUCAAAAUACAGGACCUAUGAAUCUUGUAUCGCGCGAUUCACUGCGAAAGGUUCCGGUGGUCUAUCCUGCCCUGCUUUCUCGGGUCGCAGAUGUCUUCCGAGAGAAGAUCUCACUCGGUGAACGACAGAAGAACGGUCUGUCUUAUCAGAAUGCCUUUUCAGGUACCGACUCGGUGGAUCUGAUUGGGAACAUCAUUCGGACCAAUGAUCGUAACCUCGCUCUUCUGCUGGGCCGAGCGUUGGAUGCUCAGAAAUUCUUCCACGAUGUCACUUAUGACCACCGUCUCCGAGAUGCUCCCGGUGAGGUAUAUCAAUUUAAGGAAACUCUAGGAGAGGACAAGUCUACAACCGAGGUCAAUGGAGUUUUCACUCUAUUGACCGAAUGUUAUUCUCCAACCUGCAACCGAGACAGUCUUUGCUAUUCGAUUGCUUGCCCGCGACGACUGGAACAGCAAGCCAGGUUGAAUCUGAAACCUCAGCCGGUUUUGGGAGGAACUACGGACACGAAACUUGGUACAACCAUUCCAAUUGAUGACGACGAUGACAAUGACAAUCAGAAACUGUGGAUCAGCACGGUGCCUAAGGAGGUUUCAGAUUCCGUGGACGAUCAUGAGAAGAAAAGACAAGAGAUCAUUUUCGAGAUCAUGUAUACGGAACGUGACUUCGUGAAGGACCUGGAGUACCUGCGCGAUUUCUGGAUGCGGCCGUUGCGUGCUGCGGGCACCACAACACACUCUCCUAUUCCAGAACACCGACGCGAAAAGUUCAUUCGAACCGUGUUUGGAAACUGUUUGGAAGUUCUCAAGGUCAACAGUGCUCUCUGCGAAGCUUUGAACGGUCGACAAAAAGAGAGCCAGGUUGUCCAAACCGUGGGUGAUAUCUUCUUGCAACACGUGCCUCGCUUUGAUCCAUUCAUCAAGUAUGGUGCCAACCAACUUUACGGAAAGUACGAGUUCGAGAAGGAGAAGGCUUCCAACCCAGCUUUUGCCAAAUUCGUUGAAGACACAGAACGUUUGAAAGAGUCUCGAAAGCUUGAACUUAACGGAUACCUAACCAAGCCUACCACUCGUCUUGCAAGAUACCCGCUUCUGCUAAAGGAGGUGUUGAAGAACAGCGCAGAUGGAAACCCGGACAAGGAAGAUAUCCCGAAGGCAAUCCAGCUUAUCAAAGACUUCCUCUCGCGUGUCAAUGCCGAAAGUGGUAAAGCAGAGAACCACUUCAAUUUGGUGCAGCUGAACGCCGCGUUGAAGUUCAAUUCCGCAGACUAUGUUGAUUUGAAACUCACGGAAGAAAAUCGACAAAUGCUCAUGAAGAUGGCGUUCAAAAAGACCACUGCCGACAGCUCUGACGUCACCGCGUAUCUCUUUGACCAUGCAGUCUUGCUUGUUCGAAUCAAAGUGGUCAAUAAGCGUGAAGAAUUCCGAGUCUAUAAGAAGCCUAUUCCUCUGGAGUUGUUGGUUAUCGCUCAGAUGGAAGAAGUCAUUCCUCGACUGGGAAUUGCCAAGAGACCCUCAUCCAGUCUUUUGUCCAACAAGGCUCCAAUCAACCCUCCGCCUUCUAAAGAUGGUGGUCUUCCAAUUACCUUCCGACAUCUCGGAAAGGGUGGCUACGAGCAGACUCUUUACGCUACCAACGUAGCCACACGGCGCAAGUUCAUUGAAGCGGUGGAGCAACAACAGCAGAAGUUGUGGGAACGAAACAGCAAUUUCUACAACAAGACCAUUCUGUGCGAGGGUUCGUUUGGGAACUUGAACCGUGUUAACUGUCUUGUUCCAAUCGACGGUGGUCGGAAACUGGUUUAUGGUACAGAUAGCGGUAUCUAUGUCUCUGAGCGUUGGCCCAAAGAUAAAUCCGUCAAACCAAAAAGGGUCCUUGAUGCUAGCCAGGUCACACAAAUCGAUACUUUGGAAGAGUAUCAGCUUGUUUUGGUUCUGGCAAACAAGACACUUUCGUCGUAUCCUAUGGAUGCCCUCGACCUCGGAGAUAGCACAAAUACCAUGGCAAAGCGCCCAAAGAAAAUUCAAGGUCAUGCCAACUUCUUCAAAGCAGGCAUCGGUCUCGGUCGUCAUCUGGUUUGCUCCGUCAAGACAUCGGCACUCUCAAGUACCAUCAAGGUGUAUGAGCCGAUGGACAACCUCGCGAAGGGAAAGAAGAAGUCUGCUGUCAGCAAGAUGUUCCAGAGUGGCCAGGACACACUUAAGCCGUUCAAGGAAUACUACAUCCCUGCCGAAUCUUCUUCGAUUCACUUCCUUCGUUCUACUCUAUGUGUUGGUUGUGCACGUGGCUUUGAGGUUGUCAGUCUAGAAACAACAGAGACCCAGUCUCUUCUUGACCAAGCAGAUACAUCCCUCGACUUCGUGGCACGAAAGGAGAACGUCAAGCCUAUCCAUAUCGAGCGUAUGAAUGGAGAAUUCUUGCUCAAUUACAGUGACUUCUCAUUCUUCGUCAACCGCAAUGGCUGGCGAGCCCGUCCAGACUGGAAGAUCGCUUGGGAGGGCAACCCGAACGCAUUCGCCCUAUCAUACCCAUACAUCCUGGCAUUCGAACCGAACUUUGUUGAGAUUCGACACGUGGAGACAAGCGAAUUGACGCAUCUGAUGACUGGGAAGAACAUUCGCAUGCUGCACUCUUCCACUCGAGAGAUCAUUUAUGCCUACGAAGAUGAAGGCGGUUUCGAUGUCAUUGCUAGUCUCGACUUCUGGACCAAUAAACCCCAACAGCAAAGCGUUUAA